UUUAUUGUUUACACGCCCUCACUCUAAUAGCGGAGCAGUAUAUGACUUGAUGAUAAUGAUCAUAAUAGCCUAUUAUAGUGACAGUCGAAAUGAUCAUUCGUCUCCAGUGUUUGAUGAUCAGAAUUGCUAUCGUAGUUCCUUACUAUGCUACCAUAGCACAGUAAGGAUCUGUGGAACGGAUUACCGAGACUCUCAUAGGGCAGGCUUUAAGACCACGCUGUUGUCAUCUUGUCCAGCGGAGAGGCUGAUGGGGGAAUCUCCGAUCGCAUCGCCAGAAAGCAACAAUGGGCCGCUUACCUGAGGAUGGUCCCGUCCGAUAACAAACGCGCCGGUAGCGAAGGAAUACUGCAUUUAGGAUAUGUUGUUAAAUAGCACGCCUUUAGCCGAAAACACGUCGUCUGGUUUUUUAAUCUCGUCGUAAUUCUCAUCGAAAUCAUUUUCAGUGGCGUUUUCAGCCGGAUCAUUCAGUGAUGGAGCAUAUCAGAACGCCCAAGGUUGAAAACGUCCGUCUGAUUGACAGAGCGUCUCCGAGGAAGGUGUGCAUUGGCACCUUGUAUCUGACGGGGACUCACACCAUCUUUGUUGAAAACGCGCCCGAGACCCGCAAAGAAACAUGGAUCCUACAUAGCCUCGUCUGUGGCAUCGAGAGGCCGCCCGCAGCCCCCUCCGGAUACCCCCUGCUCAUUCGCUGCAAGAACUUCCAGGUCAUCCUCUUCCUCAUCCCCCAGGACAGGGACUGCCAGGACGUGCAGCUCUCCCUGACACGCCUGUCCCGUCCAGAGAGGUACGGGGAGCUCUCCUGCUUCUCCUUCAACCCCAAGGUGGACCAAGAGGACCGAGAGGCGGCCUGGACCCGCGUGGACCUCAGGACCGAGUACUGCCGCAUGGGGGUGCCAAACCAGCUCUGGCAGCUCACACACGCCAACAGCGAGUACAGGAUUUGCGAUACUUACCCAUGUGAGCUGUACGUCCCGAAAACGGCCACGCCCCCCAUCAUCGUGGGCAGCUCCAAGUUCAGAAGCAGGGGCCGUUUCCCAACGCUUUCGUACUACCGUCGAGACAACCACGCUAGCAUCUGCCGCAGCAGCCAGCCCCUCACUGGCUUCAGUGCUCGCUGUCUGGAGGACGAGCAGAUGCUGGAGGCCAUCAUGAAGUCGAACCCGGGCAGCCAGUUCAUGUACGUGGUGGACACCAGGCCCAAGCUGAACGCGAUAGCCAAUCGCGCUGCAGGAAAGGGCUAUGAGAACGAGGACAAUUACUCCAACAUCAAAUUUCAGUUCAUCGGCAUUGAGAACAUUCAUGUGAUGAGGAGCAGCCUGCAGAAGAUUCUGGAAGUGUGCGAGGUCAAAUCGCCCAGCAUGAGCGACUUCCUGUGGGGGCUGGAGAACAGCGGCUGGCUGAAGCACAUCAAAGCCAUCCUGGACGCGGGCAUCUUCAUCGCCAAGGCGGUGGCGGAGGAGGGUGUCAGUGUGCUGGUGCACUGCUCGGACGGCUGGGACAGGACGGCUCAGGCCUGCUCUGUGGCCAGUGUGCUGCUGGACCCGUAUUACAGAACCCUGAAGGGCCUCAUGGUGCUCAUUGAGAAGGACUGGGUGUCAUUCGGACACAAGUUCUCUCACAGGUACAGCCACCUGGACGGGGACCCCAAGGAGGUGUCCCCUGUGCUGGACCAGUUCCUGGACUGUGUGUGGCAGCUGACGGAGCAGUUUCCCUGCGCCUUCCAGUACAACGAGCGGCUGCUCCUGCAGCUGCACACGCACAUCUACUCCUGCCAGUACGGCAACUUCCUGGGCAACAGCGAGAAGGAGAGGAAGGACCUGAGAAUUCGGGAAAGGACCCAGUCGCUGUGGGCGCACCUAUGGGAGAACAGACUGAUCUACAUGAAUCCCCUGUACCGACUGGACCACGGUCAGGCGCAGGGAGUCCUGAGGCCUGACACCGCCCCCUACUGUUUCAAGUUCUGGAAGGCGAUGUACUGUCGAUCGGAGAAGGGGACCGUCCCACAGCAGUCAGCAGUGGACUUCCUGAUGGCUGUCAAGGAGGAGACACAGCAGCUGGAGGAGGAGCUUGCAUGCCAUGAGGAGAAAAUUGCCAAGCUGGGGAAACUGCGAGGGAAAGUUUUCGAGACCAACGUGAGCACAGCAGAUCAGAACAAAGAUGGAGAGACCGGUGCCCCCCAGGACUAUACAGGCGUCGUCCCGCAGGGGGAGCCAGAGAGCUCGCCGCUGAUCCUGCCCCGGGACACGCUGAAGAGCUCCGACCCCGACCUGUCCGUCAACAGCGAUCAGGAAUCGGGCGUGGCCGACCUCAACUGCCUCUCGCCCAUUGGCGGGGAGGAGAGUGGCAAGGACCCCUACUCGGAAGAGGCUGCCUACGCCACUGCCUGAUCAAACACGGCGUGCCGGCAGUCUGGAGGGAACACGCCCAGUGCACCAUGGUGUGCCAUAUGAUGAACAUUGAGGGGAAUAUUGGUUCAGAAAAAGGAGGUAAGAAAUGAGCUGGGGAAGAGAACACACAGGGACCCAAAGGGAAUGACAAUAAGCUCAAUAUGCUAUCUUUACUCGAAUCCAGCCUUUGUCCACUGGAACAACUGGAAUAUAUUCUUUCAUUUCUAAAAAAAACAAAAAACACUGUUGGAAAUAAUUUUGUAUGUCGUGGAUGUAGUUCUUUAUGUUACUGUAAAACACUACUGAUUACCCCCUCUACCCCUCCCUUCUUUCCCCCUUUUGAAGACAAUACUGUGCAAUAGACUAAUGUUCAAUCUUAAAAUUAAUGGUUAGAAUACAUAACUUAUUCUAGCAUUUUAAUGUGCUGCGUUAGCUUAUUGGUGUUUUUUUGUGCAGAAUGUUGGUUAUAGUAUAAAAUGCACUAAAGUACAAAAGCGGCUCCUGUUCGGUAUUGGGAAUAUUUACAUUUAAAGGACGUGCCGUUUCUAUGAGAAACUUUUUUAAGAGCCGAUGGAACACAAUGUAAAUUUACUGAUUUAAACUUUACAAAAACAAAUCUCUUCCUAUCAAGAAUAUUCUGUGAUAUGGCUCAGCUUUCAAUGCAAAUGAACCAGACCUGAUUAAAAGUAAAAGUGGGACUAUGUAAUAUCAGCCAGUAAAAUCAUUUCUUAGGAGUGGUAUCAAUAAACCCAUCUCCUCCUGUUACAUGAAAUAUCCUUAAAAUUAUGAAAUAAAACAUUAAUCCUUA